AUGCAUCAAGACGCCAUGAGCAGCUGCGGGUCUCGCGCGACAGGCCAGGUCAUUACCGGCUGGGCCGAGAAUGCCGACGACUUCAGCAUGCAGAACAUUGCCGACAGCCACCAUUGGAUGGCAGUCACCAUGAUUGAGGAUGACGACCUCAUGUUUGACAAUAAGCCACUUUGCACAUGGUACGAGGAAGGCCGACGACGAUACAGUUCGGGAGACAACGACAACAUGGUACUCUCGCCGAGCAGCUCUGUUGAGGAGGAGGAAGAGCUGCACCGCGGCAGACAACGGGAUCGUCCGCAAUACCAGAAGCCGCCAACCAAACAUCACAAGACUGCAAGCAGCUCCAAGAGCGACGACAAGAGCAAGCAUUGA